CGUAUCGUGCUCAAGCACAGCGCCUCCGUUCUGCACACGCACGCACGCACGCCGCGCCCCUCGCACCUCGCCGCACAGCACACCUCGCCAUGGCAUCGCGGCCAGACAUGGAGCUGACGUCGUACGAUUUCCUGCUCAAGAUGAUCCUUAUCGGCGAGUCGGGCACGGGCAAGUCCUGCCUGCUGCACCACUUCGUCGCCAACCGCUUCCGCGAGGGCGCGCAGCACACCAUUGGCGUCGAGUUCAGCAGCCGGGUCGUGUCGGUGGGCGGCAAGAGUGUCAAGCUGCAGCUGUGGGACACGGCAGGGCAGGAGCGCUUCCGCAGUGUCACGCGGUCGUACUACCGCGGCGCGUGCGCAUGUCUGCUGGUGUACGACAUCACUCGUCGGUCGACAUUCGUCUCGCUGGAGCGCUGGCUGUCCGAUGCGCGGGCACUGGCGUCGCCGAACCUCGUCGUCGUGCUUGUGGGCAACAAGCUGGACCGGGAAGAGGAGCGUGAGGUGGGCUACGAGGAGGCGAGCGAAUGGGCGAGAGAGCAUGGCGCCCUUUUCCUCGAGACGUCCUCCCUUACAGGCUCGAACGUCGAGACGCCCUUCAUGCUCGCCUCGCGCUCCAUUCUCCUUUCGAUCGCCUCUGGCUCGCUUGAUCCUUCCACGCCCGGCUCGGGCGUGUCGUACGGCGAGAGUGCGGCGCUGCGGCGGACGAACAGCGGCGGCACGGGCAUCAGCCGUUUCUCGUUUGCCGAGAGCGGCCGUGGUGGUCCGCGCGGCCUCAAGGAGCGGCUCGGCGGCUGCUGCUAAGCGCUCUGUGCGUACGCUUUUCCCCUUCACCCACUCCUCGCCUCAGACCUCGCUGCUCCCAUCUCAGUCCACGUCACGCGACCUCAUAUCCUCGUCCUGUAUACUACGUGCUCUGCCGCGGCCUUUGAUCACGCGAGUGCUUCUCAGGGCAGGCGGCUUUGGCAUUCCACCAUACCUCUCAUCAUGCGCGUGUGACAAGGGACGGUGGUG